AUGCCUAGGGACUCCAAAACUUCCUCCAAGGGCCCCUCCAAGAGUUCCUCCAGCGCUCCAGGCGAACGACGGCCAACACCACCAAGCAGCCAAGAAACCCACCUGAACAUCACGAUCAACCUUCUCCGGACACUCCACACAAUCAGGGAGUCGGCUACUCUUCCCACCACCGCCACCCAAGCCAGUCCCAACACCGCCGGCGCCGGCGCCGCCGGAUUCGAUUACUUUGCCAACGUAUACCAUGAGCCCUCCGCCGACGACAUGCCCUCCAUGUCGAUCCGCACUGUGUCAGACGACGGCCUUUCCGAGGUCCAGACGUCCGACGACCUCCUGAGGGUCGUCCACGCCGUGACCAAACUCGUUCUCGACAUGCUGGAGGCUCCAGGCUCGGCGGCUGUCGAGAACCUGGCCCAGCUCGGAGCCGAUGUCGUGCAACAGUGGAGGUGGACGCCGCCGGCCCAUGACAUAAUCUACCCACCCGCUCCGCCGGUCCGCCCGGGGCAGCCGAGCCAGCUGAGGCCGACCGACGGCGAGAUGAGGGGCUGGGUGAGUUUCUUCGUGGGCCACCUCCGCCAGAACUUCGUGCCCGUCGUGUUGAGUCAGCAUCUCGCCAACGAACAGUAUUACGGGGACUAUGCCUAUGCAGAGUUUCCGCGAGCCGACUGGGCGACAGAUUCCAUGGCGAGAUGUAACCAACAAGCGUGGGCAACCGGGCGAAGCUUGACCAGCCAGGAACUUCAGGAAGUGAUGCGCGACUGGGAGCCCUGGCGCGCGGGAUGCAUGGUCAUCAAGUUGGAGAUGCUCGAAAGCCUGGCCGAACUCAGGUCCGCCUAUCUCAACACACCAAAUAGCCAUCCAAAAUAUUCGAAACGCGCCGAAGUCUACCGCACCACCUUGACCUUCCAAGCCAUCAUGGCCAUCCACGAGCUUGUCCAUUGUUUCGUUGGCUUCCUGGGGGGCUGGGGGCCGAGAGUGCUAACCCCAGUGAGCAUCAUACCCCCACAGUAUACGGCAUGCUUGCGCGAGACAGAGGAUCCGAUAGUGACGGCCGGUUGCACCCCGCGAGGGGAGGCAGGGAGGACGUGGGAGGACCGGGUCUUGGGAGGCAUCGCGAGUUUGUGUUACUUGCCAACGAACCCGGGCGACGUACCGGUUGCGCAGCUGUUGAUUACCGACUCGAACAAUCGGACGAGGCUAGUUAACCCCAAGGCUGUAGAACGCUUCGUCAAACGCGAUUUCAAGUUCCCCCUAGACAUUAUUGGGGACUGGGCGGCUCCGGUUGGUUACACCGCGCUGCGCCUGUUUUCCGCUCGUCAUCCCCAAGACCUUUCCAAUUGGCAGAGUUGGCGGUGGCCCUUCUCCUGGCUCCAGGCACGGUUCCAGUUCACCCUCGAGAAGCACGGCCAGCCUUCCCUGCUCGCCUGGCAGGAAGACCCCCGAGACUGCUCGUGUUAA